CCCUCCCCUGCUCGCCUUCGCCUCCCGAAGCGCAGUCGGUCUUACUCCCGGGCAGGCAGGGUUGGCUGCACGCAGCCCAGGCGCCUCGGCAGUCGGCAUGUGAAGCGCGUCCUUGGCCGACGGGAUGUUCUCCGCCAACGGGACCCGGAGCGGCGCCGGCAGCGACCUGGAGCCGGGCCCGGGGCAGCAGCAGCAGCAGCGGGAGGCGUCGGAGGAGGAGGAGAGGGGAGCGGGGCUCUCGCCCUUCAGCGCCGGGACCUACGAGCUGCUGGCCCUGCUGGUGGCCGCCAUCGGCCUGCUGGGCUUGUGCAACAACCUGCUGGUGCUGGUGCUCUACGCCAAGUUCAAGCGGCUCCGGACGCCGACGCACCUCUUCCUGGUCAACAUCAGCCUCAGCGACCUGCUGGUCUCCCUCUUCGGGGUCAGCUUCACCUUCGGCUCCUGCCUCCGGCACCGCUGGGUCUGGGACGCCGCCGGGUGCGUCUGGGACGGCUUCAGCAACAGCCUUUUCGGAAUUGUUUCUAUCAUGACACUCACCGUUCUGGCCUACGAACGUUACAUCAGAGUUGUGCAUGCAAGAGUGAUUGAUUUCUCAUGGUCUUGGCGGGCAAUCACAUACAUCUGGCUCUAUUCCUUAGCCUGGACAGGGGCACCUCUCCUUGGCUGGAACCAUUACACACUAGAAAUACAUGGAUUAGGUUGUUCGGUGGACUGGCAGUCGAAAGAGCCCAGCGAUUCCUCCUUUGUUCUAUUUUUCUUUCUUGGUUGUCUAGCAGCCCCAGUUGGAAUCAUGGCUUACUGCUAUGGGCAUAUUCUUCAUGCAAUACGAAUGCUUCGAUGUGUUGAAGACUUGCAAUCUAUCCAAGUGAUCAAGAUCCUAAGAUAUGAGAAGAAAGUGGCUAAAAUGUGUUUUUUAAUGGUCACAACUUUUCUAAUUUGUUGGAUGCCUUAUGCUGUGGUCUCUCUACUAAUAGCCUAUGGGUAUGGUCACCUUAUAACUCCAACAGUAGCCAUUAUCCCAUCCUUCUUUGCCAAAUCAAGCACUGCCUACAAUCCAGUUAUCUACAUUUUCAUGAGCAGAAAGUUUCGCCGAUGCCUUGUGCAGCUUUUUUGUGUGCAAUUCCUGAGAUUCAAGAGGACCUUGAAAGAGCAACCGGCCAUCGAGAGCAACAAACCUAUCAGGCCUAUUGUCAUGUCCCAGAAGGUAGGGGACAGGCCAAAGAAGAAAGUGACUUUUAGCUCUUCCUCAAUCAUUUUCAUAAUCACCAGCGAUGACACAGAGCAAAUAGAUGUCAGUACCAAAUGUUCUGACACAAAAAUAAAUGUGAUCCAGGUGAAGCCACUAUAGCUGUUGGGAUUUGAGUGGACUUCUGGUAACACAGCUGUUUCUGUUUAAAAACUAUUUUUAUGUGACAUUUAAGAAAGCAGACACCUCUGAAAUCUCAAAUAUGGAACCAUUACAGGUGUUUAUUCUGUAGGCUCACUUCCUAGGAAGGAAGUCCUAUUAGGACUCAGUAGUGACACUGGGUGGGUGCAGUGGGAAUAGACUGUACUGGCUGACACCAUGAGAUCUGGAUGAGCCUGGUGGGGUGGUCGCUCAACAUCUGCCUCAAGAACCCCUGGCCACCUCCCUCCACUGUGGCCCCCAAGGUUGCUGGCUGGGCAGGGAAGAAAGGCUGUGGCGGGAGGAUGGGGAUAGCACAGGGCAAGGCAGAGGAAGGGGAGGAACACAAGUAGUCAUGUGACAGGCAACUGGGGUGAAACCAGGGGAAGUGGCAAGGCAGACAAGAUGAGGAAAGUAGAGGUCUAGCUCUCAUCCCACCUUCUACCACGUUUUCUCUCACCAUCAGAGUCUGUCCCUGAGCUCUGUAUCCCAAAUUUGGGAGGAGCACCUGACACCUGGGUUAACCCUCCCUUUUUUGGCCUGUGGGGGUUCUCAGGUGUCCCAGUCCAGGUCCCCUCCUGCCUUUGCUGAAAAGAUGAGGCAACCAAGACUGGAUCUCUUCUACCGCUGAAGAUUCCUAUUCAUUGGGGCUGCAGGGUGGCUGCUUGGCUAGGGGGAUUGACACGGUAAGUUAAUGCACUAGGAUGACAUCAACCCUAGUGACAUUACUGGCGAGACUUACUUCUCACUACACACAUACAGAAUUGAAGUGAUAGAAGCUCUGUAAUACUAUGCUGACUGCUGUAACAGAAUUGAAAUGAUGAUAUUUGCUUGCUUUUUUUAUACUUGAGAUAUUUAUUUUACCAUAUCAUGUUUUGAUCACCUAGCACCUUCUGCAUUGUAGCUGUACCAGGGAAUAAAAGCAGCUUCUCGAGGCCAUAAUUUCUUCAGCAGAACUUCACUGAUUUUUUUUUCUAGAGCAACCUUUUGCGUAAUAUUUUAACACAAAAUGAUAUCAUUCUGUGCUCCCUCAGGCCGGUAUACCUGCUACGUGAAAUAUGUGCCUUGCAUUCACUGUGGGGAUGUACACUGUGAUGACGUUUGUAGCCCAAGCUAGUGACUCAUGUAUAAACAGAAGCCAUCUCAAAACAAAGGAAAUUGGUUCUUGUACAAAAUUGCA